AUGGCAGAACAGAGACUCCACGGGACCAAAGCAUGGACCAAAGCCGACAGAUCACACAGUCUGAGAUCCGAACAAGUGACCACUGAGGACCCACACGAUACGGAGCUGUCCCACAGACUGUUGUCUGCGGCUUUUUACGGAGUCAGCUCGUUUCUGAUUGUGGUGGUGAACAAAAGUGUCCUCACGAACUACAGGUUUCCUUCAUCAACAUGUGUUGGAAUUGGGCAGAUGUUUGCCACAGUAGUAGUUUUGAGGCUCGGGAAGCUGCUCGGUGUGAUCUCAUUUCCAGACACAAGUUUAACUAUACUCCUAAAGAUGUUUCCUUUACCUUUGCUUUAUGUUGGGAACCAAAUAUCAGGACUCUUUGGAACACAGAAACUCAAUUUAUCCAUGUUCACUGUUCUAAGGAGGUUUACUAUCUUGCUGAUAAUGGUUUUUGAAGGCAUACUACUGAAAAAAUCUUUUUCUACGUCUAUAAAACUGACCGUGUUCACAAUGAUCCUUGGAGCCUUUGUUGCAGCCAGCUCUGAUUUAACUUUCAAUUUGGAGGGAUAUAUUUUUGUAAUGUUAAACAAUGUCAUGACAGCAGCCAAUGGAGCAUAUACAAAACAGAAACUUGAGUCACGGGAGUUGGGUAAAUAUGGACUUCUGUACUACAACGCUUUAAUCAUGAUUGUUCCCACCGUGGCUUACUCCUGCUACAGCGGUGAUUUGCAGAUGGGGCUGGACUUCAGUGGAUGGACAGAUGUGAUGUUUGUCCUGCAGUUUGUGCUUUCUUGUGUCAUGGGAUUUAUUCUGAUGUACUCCACAAUGCUGUGCACACAGUACAAUUCAGCUCUCACUACGGGUAUUAUAGGCUGCAUAAAGAAUAUCUUGGUGACAUACAUUGGGAUGGUGUUUGGAGGUGAUUACAUUUUCACCUGGACUAACUUUGUUGGUCUCAAUAUCAGUAUUGCAGGCAGCCUGGUGUAUUCAUACUUGACUUUUACACGAGAAAAGACAAAAACUGCAUGA